GUUCGCAUUGAUGGAUAUGCGGUUACUAUGGAUACAAAUCCAAAAUAAUGCAUUUCAAUGAUAUGAAAUUAUGAAAAUACUGGACAUAAAAAAGAAUUGAGGAUUUAAUAAUGUUAGAUUUAGGGAAUACAGCUUCUGGUGCUCAAGUAGUUAUGGCAUCUUCAAAUGAUGCACGAUUUCCACCCAGUAAUAUGCUAGAUGGGAAGCUUGAUACAUUUUGGACUACUACAGGACUUUAUCCUCAAACAUUUAUUAUAGCUUUAUCAGAAGUAGCUGAUGUGAAAAAUAUUACCAUACAUUCCUAUAACAUUAAAGACUUAAGAAUAGAGAAAUCUCUAAAGGAAUAUCCUGUAGAAUUUGAAGAUGUUUUGGAAACAGGUUUUGAAUCUACAGAAGGAGCACCACAACAAAAAACAUUUUCGCCUGCUUUAUGUGAAGCAAAAUACCUCAAGUUUACAAUUAAAUCGGGGUAUGAUCAUUUUUGUGCUGUUUAUAAGGUUAUAAUAAAUGGAACAUCUCUUUAAUUUCACUUUAAUUUUGCUGCAGGAAAAGAAAGAAAAAAACAUUUGACUAUGGUUUCAAUAAUAUGAAAGAAAAAAAAAAGGGAAAUGGAAGAUUUGAAGUUAAUUCUUUUAAUUAAUUUAGAAGUUUAAAUAAAACCAUCA